AUGCGUGGUGACGAGUAUCAGCAGAUGUGUGUUUGUGCUAUGCUGAUAAAGAAGCUUAAAGCAAUGGAGGCACAGUGUCUUAUAAAGGGUGAUGCAGGUAUCGUGGUUAUCCCAAGUGCGGCACAGUUCUCUAUGAAUGUAGGCUACAAUCUUGGUGAAACCACUCAGCGUCUGGCUGAUAGUAUCUUUACUGCUGUUCGUGACUAUGAUUACGGUAUACAGCUUGCCAGCUACCAUAUAAGCGGUGAUUUCGUACCUCAUGUACGCUCUAUGCAGACUGGUUUUCAGGAUAAUUCUAUCGCUGCUGACUUUGGCGUAGCAUACAAUGUAAUUCGUGAGCCACAGCCUAUUGAUACAACUACACUGAAUUAUAACUGGCAGGUGUUUGAAACCUGUGCAUUCUCUCUGUAUUCUGGACCUACAUCAAGGGUAGAUGUUGUCGCAGCCGAGAAGUCUGUAGAGGAUAUACUUCGUUUCCUGAAGAAGCGUGGUGUAAUCAGUGCUGAAGCUGAAAUUUCCGAUGGUGAAGCUGUAAUUGAGUUAAAUGAAAAUGAACUUGUUAAGGUGCUGACCCAUGAAGCAGGAUUCCUUCAUAAACUGGUUAAGCCAGGUGAUACAGUAGAGGAAGGUCAGGUCUUAGCCGAGAUAAUCGACCCUUAUGAAGCUGAGAAAUUGGAAGAAUUAAAAGCUCCAUGUAAAGGUAUAGUGUUCUUCUCCCGCGUUGCCGAGGUUAUCGCACAGAACGAGAUUAUUUUCAGCAUAAAGGCAGAAUGA